AUGUUUUCAAGAUCAAGUACUAGAAGUUUGUUGAGAACUGCGUUGGCUGGAAAUUCACAAAUUAUAUCCCCGUUAUCCCUAACUAUUUGGCAAUACCAUGAUCAGCAAAAGCAAAUGCAAACUCUGCCCAUUUUAGCAAGGUUUCUUGUUUGUAAAGCAAGUAGAAUGAAGAACAAAGAGGAGAAAAAAGAGAGUGAUUUGGUUUACAGCUCAUUGAGUAAACCAGAGGAAAACUCGGAAAACUCCUUAGAUACAAUUGGUUCUGUUUCGCCAUUUGAACAUAAGCUUAUUUUGGAAAAAUCACACUGGAUUGACACGGCAAAAUCAAGCAAAGGAUUCUUGAAUAAUGUCGUUGACUCAAGUAAGUUCUACUCGGAACUUUGCGAUUUUCAAAGAUUCACUCAAAUUAAAUACGAAAAUGUUAAUUUGGAAUGUAUUAUGUACAAUGACUUGAAACGGUAUGCUGAAGAUUUUUGGAAUUACUACUCAGCUGAACCGGUUAUCAAUGACGAUUACAGUAAAAUACCUAGAUUGAAUGCAAUGAUUGAGUAUAUGGGAGAGGCUGCUAAGGACGAUAAGUUUACCUACAUUCUUUCACACUCGUUCUUACAGAUGGUUCUGCAGUAUAUAUUGCUAGCACGUUUUAUUGAAGCCAACUUGCAUUGCUUCAUCCCAGAACUAAAAGAAUUGGCCGAGUUGAAGUUUGUCGAUUUAACAUCCUUGUUGGGAUAUAUGAAAAACAGAAUUACCGAUUGGAACAAUACAUUGGAAAAUAGUCAUGAUAAGAAUGAAGAGUACUUGAUUCUCACAAUCAAGGCUUCUCGGUAUAAACAAUUGCGUGAAAUACUUCUUCAACUUGACUUGGAUAUUGACAUAUUGACAAAAUUAGUUGAAAGUGACGUGCUUACCACAGCACUAGAUAUCAUAACAAAGGGCAAUAAUGUCAAAUUGACCAACAAGAUUCCCUUACCUCCAACAGAAAAGAAACAUACUACAACCACCAAUAGUUACAAACAAAUGCCAGACUGGUUGCAUCUCGAAAGACACGUCAAUGAAAUUACCUUUUUGAAAUCGAAAAUUGGUGGUAAUUUUGACAAAAAGGACAGAGUGAUGAAAAAGAUUGACGAGCUCAUGGAAGAAAUCUUAGAACAUGAAAACGCGUAUGAUGGGGAAAUUAAUGAAAACAGUUUUCUUAAACUCAGGUCAAAGUUGAAAGAAUUUACAGUAAAUAAUGCUGAUGAUUGUUUGCAAGUUCUCGAUACGGUAAUUGUCAAUCAAGAUGCAUUUACCAAGUUUGAGAAUUUUUUGCACAAGUUGAAUCCCGUAUCAUCUUUAGAUAAGCAAACCGCUUCUGAGAAUAAUCAAUUAUUGCCUACAAAUUCAAAGAUUCCAGAAAUACUACAACAGAACUGCAAUAGUGUUUCUACAAGUGACAAAAGGGCAAUCAAUUCCAACGAAAAACAACACGAAACAAAGGAGUCGUCCUGCAGCUAUAAACAAAUACCUGAUUGGUUGACUUUUGAGGAACAUGUAAAUGAAAUCCAAUUUUUGAAGAAGAUCGUUGGUAAUUUUGAUGACAAGGAAAAAGUGAUGAACAGAUGCGACGAGAUUAUGAGAGAACUCACCCUCAACAACAGGUAUUCAGAAGUGAAUUUAAAUAGCUUCCUUAAGUUUAGAAUCAAAUUGAAGGAGUUUUGCAUUAACAAUGAUGUCAGUUGCUUGCAGAUUCUCGAUACUGUUAUUCUAAAUCGCGAUGCAUUUGAGAAAUUUGAAACCUACAAGAAGGAGAAAAAUGCCCAAAAUGUUCAAACUAUUGAACUGCAAUUAUCCGACUUUGAAGAGGAGUUGAUCACCCUUAGAUCAUUGUUGGGUGUUAGUUCAUUCGGAGAGGUUGAUGCUGAAAAAGUUGUAGCAGUGUUGGACGAGGCGAUCAAAACUCAUUUCAUGGAUUCUUAUGGUAAAAAAGAAGAAACAUGUUCACCUGUUUCAAACGUUUUUUUGUUUAUAAGAUUGAGAGUGAGAUUGGAAAAGUUGUUUAGUUUUAACGGGAACAAUACGGAAGCUUUGGAUAGACUAGUGCUUAAGGAGUCGGUGCACAAAGUAACAAGAGAUCAAGCUAAGGAUAAAACUGAAAAUUUCAAAAAUGUUUGUAGAACAAAACUGACGGAUCCUAUGAGAAAGACCGAUACGCCCAAGAAACUAGUCCCUGAAGAUGAAGAAUCAAGAACAACCUUGUCGUCAAAAGCUGUUCAUGGUUCCCCAAGUCAAACUCAAGAGCAAGUAUUUGACAUGAACAAAUUGAAAAAGUAUCUCAAGUACGCCAAAUUACAAGAAGACAGCAAAAUACGCCAAGAGGAAGCUUACGAUUGGAGCGUUGAUCAAUUAAAGUCAAAAGAUUGGAAAGUCGUUGGAAGCAAAAUUGAAAAUGGUCAGAAAUAUUACAUUUUGAGUGACAAAAAUAGACGAGAACCAGCAAGAUAUAAGAAUAUUUUGAAAGUCCUGGCAAUCUUAAUAUUGAGUUUAUUUGGAGUGAAUUUGUGCUUUGAUAAGUCAAACCAGGAAGAGGAUAGUAGUACCAUAAGAGAGACUUUAACUUGUAAUAAUGAAGUUUUGGACAAUGCUAGAGGUGAAACUGAAAAUGAAAUUGAAAUUGAAAACACAAACACAAAUGUUUUGUCCUCGUUACGGCAAUUGAUUGGAGCUUCACUAGCUGCCAGACCAUUGAUAAGCAUUGUUGGAACAACUGGUGUUGGGAAGUCCCAAUUUAGCAUUGAGUUAGCCAAAUGUAUCAAUGGAGAAAUCAUCAAUGCAGACUCGAUGCAAGUUUAUAGAGGUGUUGAUAUAGUUACAAAUAAGCAUCCUGUAAAGGAGAGACAGGGGAUUCCUCAUCAUUUGAUUGACUAUGUUUCCUGGAAAGAGGAAUAUUUCAUCCACCGGUUCAACACCGAGGCAAUAAACGCGAUUAAUGAUAUUCACAAUCGAAACAAGAUCCCCAUUGUGGUAGGCGGAACACAUUACUACUUGCAAACAUUGCUUUUUAAAAAUAAAACCAUGGAAGGUAGAAAAGAGCGGGAAUUGUCACAGCAGGAGCUCGAUAUUCUUGAUGGACCUACAGAUACACUUUUCCAGACAUUACAAAGUAUUGAUCCAACUAUAGCGUGUAAAUUUCAUCCGCAAGAUCACAGGAAACUACGACGCGCUUUAGAGAUAUGGUUUACUACGGGAGUAAAGCCGUCAAUUAUUUAUCAUGAGCAAAAAUUGAACGAGUUGAAAGAAAGCUCUCUCAAGUACAAUACCAUUGUGUUUUGGUUAUAUUCCGAUAUGCCUGAAUUGUAUAAACGAUUGGAUGCUCGGGUAGACACAAUGAUGCAAACAGGUGCCAUUGAAGAAAUCAAAGCUCUUUAUCAGAGCUACAAGGCCGCCAAGUGCGAUUGCCUGUCGGGCAUUUACCAAGUCAUUGGAUUCAAGGAGUUUUUACCCUGGUUAGAAACAGAGUCCACAGAUGUCAAGGUUUUGGAUUCUGCUUUCAAUGAUGGCGUUGAGAGAAUGAAAACACGAACUCGACAAUAUGCAAAGUAUCAAGUGAAAUGGAUUCAAAAGACCUUGAGUUUGGAGCUCCAAAAAGAAGCCAAAUUUGACUUUAUUAAUGGCGGCAAGCUCUGCAUUCUCGAUGCUACCGAUUUGACUCAAUGGGAUCAGAAUGUACGCGAUCAUGGAAUCCGAAUAACAAAACAAUUUCUAAACUACGGAUCAAAGAAGAUCGAGACAGUUGCGCCUCAGAACCUUGAACAUUUAAUGUCAAACGAUGAAAAGCACUUGAAAAGUAAUAAAAAACUCGGUGCCGAAUCAAAUUGGAAGCACUUUCAGUGUGACAUAUGCAAAGACAAGAGCGGUCGGCCCCUUGUUGCCGUGGGAGAAGAAAACUGGAAUUUGCACCUCAAUAGUCGAAAACAUAGGAGACAGUUGCACUCUUUGGAAAAAAAGAAACAUGUUGAAGAGAUGAUUAGAUUAAGAAAAGAAAAUGGGGCUUUAAAUGAAAGGAAAAUGGGGCUCUAA